AAAAUAAUAUAUAAUUAAAUAAUACAACACAUAAGCUAUUCUCAAUAAUGAUAAACCCUAAUUUCACUAUAGGCUACUUUUUAGUGCAUUUUCCUGAUUAAACUUCCUUACUGUUUAAACAUUUUAAAUUAAGUGAACAUGGUGUUUCUAUUUUUACUUAAAUGAGGGAUAUGAGUAGCUUUCUUCUUCCACAACCGAGAAGUAGCCCAACUACUAAGCACCUCAAAUUGUAGGCUGCUUAUGUAACUAGUAGCUGUGGCCUAAAUUGUGUCUACUGCUGAGUAGAGGGUUUAAAAAUGAAAACUGGGGUGAUUUGCAUGAUUUUCUCUUGCGGUGAUACUCGGGUGGAUGUCACAGUUUACCCACAGGGGCUGGCACAGCCUCUCUGGCCCGCCUCAUGCCGUUAUCCUGGUCUGACUGUUUGGAGAAUCCUCCCUUGUUUCUGGAGCGAGAGGCGGGCCUUUGGGAGGCAGGAAUGCGCUGGAAGUCUUCCUGCUCUCCCUCCUCACAUGCUGAAGAGUCCCGCUCCUCGACAUGGACAUGUGGCCGCUGGUGCUCCUGUUCGUGCAGCUCUGCUUCUGCUCCGGGUAUGAAGGGUCAGGACAAUACGCCCAUGGAGACGACGAGGACUGGCAUUCUCGUAGAUAUAAAGGGACACCGUGGUGUGCGCCCAUUAAGUUGAAACAUGGAGACGUGAGCUGUCGCGCGCCCAGAGGAGAACACUACAGGAACGUGAUGGGGACUCGCUGUAAAAUCCGCUGCAAGCAGGGAUACGAGUCUCAGAACUCAGAGGUGGUGUGUAUGGCCAACAAACACUGGUCCUCUAACUACGCCUGCCGAGAGAUCCGCUGCCCCAAGCUGAGCAUGCCGGCUAACGGCGGGUACAAGUGUUCAGACGGAUCCUACUUCAACUCUCGUUGCGAGUUCAUCUGCUCCCCUGGAUUCAGUCUGAAGGGCUACAAGACGGCAACCUGCCAGUACAACAAGGUGUGGAGCGCUGACGUCCCCACCUGUGUUGAUAUGGAUUCUCCAAAAAUUAAGUGUCCUACUGUGAAGGAUAAGUGGGCAGAGCCAGGAAAACUGACAGCGAGGGUGAGCUGGGACACACCCGAGGGUGUAGACACUGCAGACGGCAUCCUCACAGACGUUAUCCUGAAAGGGAAAGCUCCAAAAUCAGACUUCCCGGAGAGGCUCCAUAAGAUGUCCUACACUGUGUUUGACCGUGCAGGGAACAAAGGAUCCUGUCGCUUCACUGUCAGAGUGCGAGUGCGCCGCUGCAGCCCGCUGUUUGCCCCGGACAACGGUUAUAUGAAGUGUGACAGUGACGGAGACAACUACGGGGCCACUUGUGAGUUCAAAUGCACCGGAGGCUACGAUCUGCAGGGCAGCGUGGCCAGAGUGUGUCAGUAUGGCUUCACCUGGUCCGGCUUGGACACCACCUGUACAGCCAUGAACAUAAACGUGGGAGUGCGUACAGCUGCUGCACUGCUGGAUCAGUUCUAUGAGAAACGACGGCUCCUCAUUAUCUCGGCGCCGACGGCUGCCAAUCACAAUUACCGCUUCCAGAUGACUAACUUACAGCAUGCUCAGUGUGGACUGGACCUGAGGCACGUCACAGUGAUUGAGCUGGUUGGGACUUACCCUGCUCAGAUUGGCCGAAUUCGACACAGACUGCUCACUCCAGCAUUGUCCCUGCAGAUCAGGUUACAGCUCCAGAUUCCUCAAAGGUCUUUCCAAAUGGUUCUGGUCGACAAGCAGGGCAUGGAUAAGCAGCGCUACCCGUUCCCGAUCACGGCGGCUGAAUUAUUCACCACCAUCGACACCUUCCCCCUCCGCAAGGAUGAGAUGGUGCAACAGCAGGAAGCGGGCCAGAACUGUCAAUCAUAAAACACAUCAACGGACCGUCAGCCAUAUUUGAUCCUUCCCCUCCUCCGUAACAGCAGUCACACACUCCCACCUGAACUCAUUCAGGCCUGUUCGCAGAAGGUGUGUGAGGGUGUGUGUGUGUGUGUGUGUGUGUGUGUGAUCUGUUCUGAAGCAUUAUUGAGGUUUACUUAAUGGAAGGGGUCAUACAGUACAUUACAAUCAUAUUGAUUCCUUUGUCUUGGCUAUCUGUAUGUUUUAUUAUUAUUAUUUUUUAAUAUUUUCAAAAGCCAUAUGUUUUACUAUUUUGUACAAAAAAAGUAUUUUUACUGUAUGAACUGGGAAACUCUUCACCUGUCUAAUAUUUAUGUCUCACAUAUUUUUUAAUAACGAUGUACACUCUUUGGAAUACUGUGUGUGUUUUAUGUACAGGACAGUGAUGGUGCUGUUAGUACGCUGUACGUCUACGUCUGAAUCUACAAGACACAGAUUAAAUAUGUCUAUCAGCGAGGAUGUUGUCUUCUGUGUGACAGUGUGUGAAUGCGAGAGACAGGCAUAAUCGUCUGAGGUAAGUUUUGUCUUAAAUAAAACAAAAAUGUCUUCAGAAAACUAAAUAAAUAUUAUGUCCACCUUA